GAAGCGGCGCUGCCCGCGGGCCGAGCCGGGCGCGCUCUAGGACCGCGCGCCGCCGCCGCCCGCCCUCCCUGCCCGCCGCGGGAGGCCGCCCGCCGCCUCCGGAGCGGGGCGUGGCGCGGAGAGGCCCCGCCCCCGCCUGGCGGUGAUUGGCGGGAGCGGGCGCCCGUCGGCGGCGGGGGCGGCGCCCGGCGCGGCCACGUUCGGGUGCGCGGCCAGCGGCGCGUUGGGCGCAGCGAGCGGCGGCGGGCGCGGGGCGAUGGGGGCGCGGCGGCGGCCGGCGCUCUGACAGCCCCCGGCGCUCCCUCGGCGGCGGGCGCAGCAGCUCCGGCGGCAGCGGCGGCGGCUCUCGGCGGCCGCCCCCCUCGUCCUCGGCGCGGACCAUGUUCGCCAAAGGGAAGGGCUCGGCGGUGCCCUCGGACGGGCAGGCGCGGGAGAAGCUGGCGCUGUACGUCUAUGAGUACCUGCUGCACGUCGGCGCCCAGAAGUCUGCGCAGACCUUCCUGUCCGAGAUCCGGUGGGAGAAGAACAUCACGCUGGGCGAGCCCCCCGGCUUCCUGCACUCCUGGUGGUGCGUGUUUUGGGACCUGUACUGCGCAGCUCCCGAAAGGCGAGACACUUGUGAACAUUCGAGUGAAGCCAAAGCCUUUCAUGACUACAGCGCAGCUGCUGCCCCGAGUCCCGUGCUUGGAAACAUUCCCCCGAAUGACGGGAUGCCCGGGGGCCCCAUCCCGCCCGGGUUCUUCCAGGGACCGCCUGGGUCACAGCCCUCGCCACACGCACAGCCUCCACCCCACAAUCCUAACAGCAUGAUGGGACCCCACAGUCAGCCGUUCAUGUCGCCGCGCUACGCCGGAGGUCCCCGGCCCCCCAUCAGGAUGGGCAACCAGCCCCCGGGUGCUGUUCCCGGUACACAGCCAUUGCUGCCCAAUUCGAUGGAUCCCACGCGACAGCAAGGGCACCCCAACAUGGGCGGCCCCAUGCAAAGGAUGAAUCCUCCGCGAGGGAUGGGCCCCAUGGGUCCCGGUCCGCAGAACUACGGCAGCGGCAUGAGACCUCCACCCAACUCCCUAGGUCCUGGCAUGCCUGGAAUUAACAUGGGGCCGGGCGCCGGUAGACCGUGGCCGAACCCCAGCAGUGCUAACUCAAUCCCAUACUCUUCUUCAUCGCCUGGUACAUACGUGGGUCCGCCCGGCGGAGGUGGCCCUCCAGGGACACCCAUCAUGCCCAGUCCUGCAGAUUCAACAAAUUCAAGUGACAACAUCUACACAAUGAUUAAUCCAGUACCGCCCGCAGGCAGUCGAUCGAAUUUCCCAAUGGGCCCCGGCUCUGACGGCCCCAUGGGCGGCAUGGGCGGGAUGGAGCCCCAUCACAUGAACGGAUCAUUAGGGUCAGGAGACAUAGAUGGACUUCCAAAAAAUUCUCCAAACAACAUAAGUGGCAUUAGCAAUCCCCCGGGCACUCCAAGAGACGACGGGGAGCUGGGAGGCAACUUUCUCCAUUCCUUCCAAAAUGACAAUUAUUCCCCCAGCAUGACGAUGAGUGUGUGAUUUCCCUCCCCCUCCUCCUCUCCAGGAUCAAGAGAGUCAGCUGCCGUUCGGAGGAUCUCAACGAAUUAUGCAAGAAGAAGAAGAAGAAGAAGCUAGGUGUAUGGGCAGGGACACGCGUGGUGGGGGCCAAAACCCCAGGUUUAGUUUCAUGCAAUAAAAAGGCUGAACUUUUUAUUCCAUAAAACAUGAAGGACAAAACUUAAAAUAUUUCAAGACAUGACAAGACCCUUCUUUGUGCAGAAGGGUUUAUAUAUGUACAUGACACUUCUUUUUGGAAACAAACGGAAGCCUCUAGCACCCAACUCCGAUCUCUUUGCUUUGUUCUUUUAAAUAAAGACAGAAACCGAACCUGUUGUAUGUUUGUGCCGUGCGACACCAGGAAGCUAGUCUAGAUAUGAAAUCAUGUUGUCUCUGUUGUAGUCAUUUUUUUAAAUAAACUGGACAGUUUACAAUG